AUGACAGCUCCAAACAUGGCGACGAUUGCUGCUUCUCUGGAGAGGUCUCUCCAAAACUGCUCCUUGAACCACCAUCAUCACCACCAGCAACAGCAACAGAGCAGCAGCUGCAUCUUCACAGGCGUUGAAGGGCAAGGCUCAAGCGUUACGCGGCAGGGAAGGUCAUCGUCUUCAACCUCAUCAACCUCAGAUGAUAUUGCGCACCAGAAUCAACUGCUUCCCAAUUACAGCAAUGACGCCACUUUAGAGCUCAACUCCCAUGUCUCUCUUCCUUACCAUUGGGAACAAUGCCUCGAUUUAAAGACAGGGGAGAUUUACUACAUAAACUGGAGGAACGGGAUGAAAGCAAAAGAAGAUCCGAGAGCAAGAACAGAAUACAGUGGAGAAUACUACUCAGAAGACGAAAACAGCUCCUAUGAUAGCGAAGAGUCUUCGACUGAGUCGUCGCCAUCUUUGUGCAGACAGAGGUAUCAGCUGCAGCAGAUAGAGAAUAUUAACAAUAACGAGCACAAUAAUAUUAACAAUAAUAAUAAUAAUAAUAAUGUGUUGGUAGUGGCUGGCUGUAAAGCCUGUCUCAUGUAUUUCAUGGUUCCAAAACAGCUCGAAGACUGCCCCAAAUGCUCUGGUCAACUUCUCCACUUCGAUCGAUCCGAAAAUGGCUCCCCAUGA